CAAGAAACCAAAAGCACUUUUCUCAAUAACCUUUUUCUCAACAAAACACAUCAGCCAUGAAGUUCACUGCGCUUGCGACCUUCUUCCUCGCUACUAUCUCUCCGCUGGUGAGCGCUUACCCAAUCUACAAGGCCGAUACCGUCAACUGCCGCUCCAGCCCCAGCACCUCAGGCAAGGUGGUCAAGACCUACAAGAAGGAUGAUGAUAUCAAGCUCACAUGCCAGAUCUCCGGCGAGACCAUCAAGGGCAACUCGCUCUGGGGCAAGACCUCGGACGGCUGCUACGUCGCCGAUUAUUAUAUCAAGACCGGCUCCACUGGUCUUGUCACCGGACGGUGCAAUACUGGUGGGGGCUCAUCUGGUGGGGGCUCCACUGGUGGUGACAGCACUGAAAUGAAGGAUGAUUAUCCUUACAAGAGCAACUGCGGUCCUGUUGACAAAUGGAAUUACUUCAAGUGCCAGUGCACGUCGUUUGUCGCCUGGCGCAUCAACUCGCGCCUGGGCAUCAGCUUCCACAACCGCUACAAGGGCAAGGCGUGGGGCAACGCGAAGGAGUGGGAUGAGGCGGCGCGCGCAUCGGGUGUCACUGUGAACAACACUCCGAAGGUUGGCGCUGUUGCCCAAACUAAUGCCGGACGGUUUGGCCAUGUCGCUUGGGUUGCUAAGGUCUCGGGCAACAAUGUUGUUGUCGAGGAGUAUAACAAGGGUGGAACUGAGCGCUAUGGUACCCGCACUGUCCCUAAGAGCUCGUUCAACUACAUCCACGUCAGGAAGUGAGCGGCUGCAAAUUGACAUAAUUUCGAACCAAAACAUCUGUAUGUGAAUAUCACCAACCUACCCUACAAUA